AAACACCUGCACGGGCACGUUUUUUUCCCAGUGUAAACUCAACGCAGCAAGAAAAAAGGUGAGGUAAGCCAUUGCGGUAGCGAGCUUCAUCUCAAAGUUGGAGGUACUGAUUUGGAGCGAAAUAUCCAUCAGCCACAGACCACAAACAGCUCAGAAAUGAAUGGAAUAAGCAAGCAUAAGGUGAUUUUGGUCACAGGGGGUUCUGGCCUGGUCGGACAAGCCAUCAAGAAAGUUUCCGAGGAAGAGAACCGUUCUGAUGAGAAAUGGAUUUUCUUGGCCUCCAAAGAUGCUGAUCUGAGGGAUCUUGAGGAAACCCGGGCCAUCUUUAAAGAAUACAAACCGACUCACGUUGUCCAUCUGGCUGCCAUGGUUGGAGGAUUGUACAAACACCUGAAGGUUAACUGUGACUUUUUGAUUUUCAACGUUCGCAUCAAUGACAACGUCCUCCAGUGUUGUAAGGAGAUGGGAGUGAAAAAGGUCGUCUCGUGCCUCUCCACCUGCAUUUUCCCUGACGAUACGACUUACCCCAUCAAUGAAACAAUGAUUCACGACGGCCCACCUCACGACUCGAAUUUCGGCUACAGCUAUGCAAAAAGAAUGAUUGUGGUGAUGAACAGAGCUUAUAAUAUGCAGUAUGGAUGUCGCUUCACUUCCGUUAUACCCACAAAUAUCUAUGGGCCCAACGACAACUUCAGCGUGGAAGAUGGUCACGUUAUGCCUGGGUUAAUUCACAAGGGCUACCUCGCGAAGCACAAAAACAUCCCUUUCACUGUCUGUGGAACGGGAACACCUCGUAGACAGUUCAUCUACUCGAUCGAUCUGGCGAAGUUAAUCAUGUGGACUUUGAGGGAGUAUGAUGAGAUCGAUCCGAUAAUUCUUUCAGUCGACAAGGAAGACGAGGUGUCAGUGCAAGAGGUGGCCGAGAUGGUCAAAGAGGCCUUCGACCUCAAGGAUGAGGUCCAAUACGACUCCUCGAAAUCCGACGGCCAGAUCAAGAAGACGGCGAGCAAUAGUAAGCUGAGGAAGUAUUUGCCGGACUACAAGUUCACGCCGCUCCGUCAGGGGAUCAAGGAGACGGCGGAAUGGCUUGAGGCUCAUUAUGAAACCGCGAGAAAAUAGCUCCUUAACUUGCUAUGAAAACGCCAUUCCAUAACGCCAUUGUUAACUUUUUAUAAAGUUAUAUGAUGCAGUUUACUACCAUGAUAGUAGAUUGUUGUAGAUUUAUGUUUAUUAUAUAAUAAUGUAGUGUAUCAGAAUUAUAUUGUAAGCUGCUGGUCAUGUGAUCUUCCAUUGUAAAUAGUUACCACCAUGACAUUAUAUUGUUGUUCACUCUUAUUUAACUAAAUGCAGGGUAUCAGCAUAAUAGUUUCCCGUGGGGCAUGUAAUACAUCGUGCAUACCUAAUAUUUUAUGACUUACAGUUAUCGUAAUUAAAAAAAAAAAAAAAAAAAAAACCUCUUGAUUAUACCAAAGGUUAUGAGGUAUUUAGGCUACCCUGUAACACCGGAUAAUAUGAUAUAGAUUCAAUCACUCAAUCAUUGUGCCAGUUGUGCUAUGUUAAUAUUACCCACAGUUGUAAAAUUUUCCAUGGAUGUUUAAAUAAAUGCAACAAAACACGGGUCUUGUGAAAGUCAACAAAAGAUUAACUUCUGUGAGACAUAUGAAAUGUAACAUUUUGAACCCUUUCGAAGUAGGUAUGCUCAGUUUGAUAGAGGCUGGAAUUCUCUGAACGUUCUUGCAGUGCGAUGUGGUUGUUGUAAAACAAAGCAUAUGACAUUAAAUUGUAUUUAAAAACA